AUGGGAGGACGGGCGUUGCGGGAGAUGGAGUUUACGGAUCCGAUCAGUCUCGAGAACGAGCUGGCGGCGAUGGCCUCUAUUGAGGGUGCCUGUGAAGAGGCGCUCGCUUCGUAUUCUACCAAAGAGGAGGACGAUGCCCGUCUCAUCAACGACUCCAAGCUUUUCAACAUGUUUCCCAAGACCCAGCGGAUGGCCAUUAAGCAUCGGCGGUCGGAGAAACGUCUCUUGAAGAAAACGGCGGCCGCGGUAAAACAGCAGCUUUUGAACCUGAGAAGUGGGAAAAGGAAGCUUCGACCAGAGGAGGAGUGA